CGCCGCUUCGUUUCUCAAGAUCUCAGUGGCGGGAUUCCCCAAAAACAAUCCAUCACUGGCGGAUAAAAUCGAGAACCCCCUUUUGUAACUCAACGCUGCAACCCCUUCAUCUACCCUAAAUCAAUUCCAAACACCCAACCCCCUUCUGAUUCACAGUCGCCCUCCCAAACCACAGCAAACAUCAUGGGGAGACCAAAGAAACGUAAGACUUGCCCUGCUGAUGCAACCCCUGCUCCUUAGUGACGACAAGAAGGGAGCUCUGGAACACCUACUCCCCAGCAACAGCAAGAAGCAAAACGGAGCUCUCCAAUCCCUGCGCCUCGGCGACAACAGGAAGAAGAACAGAGCUCUACAACCCCUGCUUCCCAACGACGGCAAUAAGAAGAACGAAGCUCUAUAACCCCUGCACCCCGGCGACAACAAGAAGAAACCGACCAAAAUACCUCUCCGCCCCUGUCUACAUCCAUUGUCCAUGGCUGAAAACCCUCAAGUUGGGAAGCGAAAAGGCAGAGGACCGGGUAAAGGAGUCAAGCCAGGCCAUAACACCCAUUUGGAAGUCCAUGAUAAUAGGAUAAUCACAGCUAAAGCUACACACGAGAUAUAUGCUAUAUUCAAAAGGAGCAUAAAUGGACCUUGGGUACAAUUUUCACAGUAUCCAGAUUCAGAGCUGCAAAGUUUAAUAGCUCGAUUCAAAGAUGUUGGAUUUACAUACUCUGUUUUAGAGGAGCAUCUAAACAAUAUCAUCAAAGAUCACGUCAAGAGAUUGUUUCCUAGUUGGAUGUAUGAGAUUCGAGACCCCAUCUUCAAGAAGUAUGCAUCUAUCAAUGAUAGGGUGUCACAUCCACCUCCAGAAGGACCUCCUACCAUUUAGCAACAAAUGUCGUCGUCGUUAAUAGAUGUAAUUGCACUAUUGACAAUAAUUAAGCGACAUUAGUAAAUAUAGUUUCUCCAACGACGUGUUGGAAAAGUUAAUAUUCGGUGAUAAUUAGUUGUCCUCAGUAAAUAUAUUUUUUCCAACGACACGUUAGAAAAGAAUUUUUUUAUGAUGAAUAGUUGUCAUCGUAAAUAAAAAUUUAUCAAACGACACGUCGGAAAAGAUUUUAUUUACGAUGAAUAGUUGUCCUCGGAAAUAAUAAUUUUUCCGACGACACACUGGAAAAAACAUAGUUUUAAUGACAAUUUGUCGGCAUCAGUAAAAUUUAUAUUAUUGA